AUGUCACACAUCAUUAAAAGUGUAAAUCUUGGUUCAAACUUGUUCAAAUCUUCGAGGAUCAUCAUCUUAUCAGCCGCUCAUUCAUCAACGUCCACACAAAAACCGGAAAACGAGAAAAAGUUCAAGCUGUUGAUAGUCGGAGGUGGCACUGGCGGGUCUGCCAUCGCUGGCACCUUCGCGAAGAUGCUCAACAAAGAUAUCGGGGUCAUUGAACCGAGUGCCGAUCAUUAUUAUCAAUCCAUGUUCACUCUAGUUGGAGGAGGUUUAAAAACAUUUGACCAAACAUCUCGUCACACCAAAGAUAUUCUAAACAAUUAUUGUUCUUGGAUUCAAGAUAAGGCGGUUACAUUUGACCCUUCCAACAAUCUUGUAAUCACUAAGAAAGGUGAUAAGAUUAAAUAUGACUUCUUGCUGCUAGCCUUGGGACUGCAGCUCAACUACGACGCUGUAAAAGGUUUGCAAGAGGCCAUAGACGGCGAUGCAAACGUUUGUUCAAUAUAUUCUCCAAAAUAUGUUCAGAAAGUCUUGCCUGCAGUGAAAAGUUUGAAAGAAGGUGUUGCACUUUAUACUUUUCCAAGCACUCCUGUCAAGUGCGCUGGAGCCGCUCAGAAAAUCUGCUACCUGUCCGAAGAAAGAUUAUUCAAGAACAGUUUGAGAGAUAAAGUUAUCUUCAAAUACUACACAGCACUGCCAGUAAUUUUUCCUGUGCCAAGAUAUGCGGAGGCGUUAGACAAGUAUGCUGAAGGAAGGUUGAUAGAUGUUAAGAAGAACAGAAAUUUGGUUGAAGUUAGAGGAGACAAAAAAGAGGCAGUCUUCAAAAUCGUAGGAGAAGAAGAUAAAUAUGAAGUCGUCAAGUAUUCCUUACUGCACGUAGCUCCACCCAUGUCUACACCCUCCGAACUCUGGAACACGCCACUGGUUGAUCAGGCUAAUUUCGUUAGCGUCAAUCCCGACACACUUCAGCAUACUAAGUACAAAAACGUGUUCGCUCUUGGUGACUGCACAAGCGCUCCAACGUCGAAAACUGCCGCUGCUUGUGCUUCACAAAUAGGUGUGGUGAGCAAAAACCUGAAAGCCGCUAUAAUGGGACAAGAACUGAAAGGAAAGUACGAUGGAUACACUUCGUGUCCGCUAACCGUAAGUAGCAGUAAAGUCAUUUUGGCUGAAUUUGGAUAUGAUGGAAAAAUCUUAGAAACCUUUCCAUUUGACCAGCGCGUGCCAAGGUAUUCCAUGUUCUUGUUAAAAGUUCACCUCAUGCCUAUCAUCUACUGGAAACUCAUGGUCAAAGGAAUGUGGCAUGGACCCAGUUUCUUCAGGAAGUUGUGGAGAUUUGGAUUGUAA